AGACAAAAAGAAGAAAGAAAGAAAGAAAGAAAGAAAGAAAGAAAGAAAGACAACAACAACAGCAUCGAGGCCUAUGUGCGUGCGUGUGUGCGUGUGUGCGUGUGCUGUACGUGUGUUUAUGUGUACGUGGCGCUCUUGGUGACGCACGUAACGCACGCACGCACGUAACGUCGGAAUUAUAACAGGCAUGAUGAGCGCGGCGGAGGGCGUGAGUCGUGGGGUGGGCGGGGGCCAGCAGUCCCUCAUGACGCCGCCCCGCACCGCUGACCCCUCUCCCCCCUUCCCCAGCCCCCCCGCCGCCACCUACCCCCCUUCAGCGGCCCCUUCAGCGUGGCCAACAUGGUGCCCCGCCCCCCACGCCUCCCUUCACCCUCCCCCGCCCUCCACGCCCUCCACCUGCCCGCCGGCCUGGAGUCCCCGCCCAGCUGGGGCGUGGAGCCGCCGCGCCUGCAGGACGCGCGCCCCUCCCCGGGGGUCGAGACGCCGCGCGAGGCCAGCCCCCCAGCUGCCCCCCAACCAGAGGAGGGGCGCACCUGCCUGGCUCCUGAGCCCCCCACGCCCCCUAUGCUGGGCGAGGUGCCCCGCAGAGCCCCAAUGAACCACCUGCUGGACGCUGGCGAGCGGCGCCCCGGGGGUGUGGGGGGCGCGUGGCGGGGCCUGGAGGGGCUGUCCCCAGAGCGGUGCCGGGCCUGGGCACGUUACCUGGCCCACCUCGCCCCCCACCAUUCCCCGCCCCCCGACCCGCCCCAGGGCCUCACACUCACUCCCACCCACACCCCAACCACCUCCCCAGACACCCCCAGUCCCCGCGCCAUGGACGAGGGCAGCCCUCGCCCCGCUCCCCGGCCCCCCUGGACCAAACGCCGCCCCUCCCUCACCCCCGACGGCCUCGCCCCCAAAGCACUCAGGCCAGACCACGGGGACGCCGCCCCCCUCGCCAGGCUGGGGGUCCUCGGCCUCGACCUCAGCUACAGACCCCGCCUCGACGGCCCCCCAAUCGCCUCCCGCCCCACGCACGCAGGUGUACCAGGUGACGCGGACCCCUCCCCUUGCCUGGAGACUAAGAUCACCCCCACGCCACCUCCACGCCCCUCCACGCCCCUCCACACGUCCACCCACACGCCCUUCCCGAUAUUUGAUUUUCCGAGUGUGUCUGUGGGUGAUUUCAAGGGCGUGGGUAUCCUGAAGGAGGCGGCGAUGGGGGAUGUCGCGCCCCUAGGAAAAGGUUUGGCCCUCAGUGUUCUCUCCUUCCCCUGGGGCACGGCUGGGCACUACACACCCCUGCGGAGCACACACCGGUGCCCUGAGCCAUACCCACUCCUGCGGAAGGCGGUGAAGGAGGCGUGUGAGGGAAAUGAGGGGAGUGACACACGCCUUAUAGCUGUUCAUCACCCUAGAGACUCCCUCCACCACGCCCUGCACCAUUACCACCAUCACACCCACGCCCUCCCAGUAAUGCCUGACGGAGGGGCUGAAGACGAGGAAAUUAUUGAUAUUGAGACGCUUGACUCGCCGCCGCCGCCGCCGCCACCGCCAACGCCGCCGCCAGCCGCCCACGCCCUCCAGAAACCCACGGAAGACGCCCAUCGCCACGCCCUUGCACGCCCGCACGCCUCACCAACGUUUCCGAUAGACCAGAACAACAGGCGGAGCGAGUUUGUGAGCUGUGAGUGGCUGGCGGUGGGCUGUGGGCGGGGCGGUGGGCGGCAGGGCGGGGCCAGAGCGGGAGGACAGCGGGAGGGAGAGAGCGCCUUCAGUUCCCAGGCUGAGUGUGCUUCACUUGGACGUUGGGUGUGCUGUGUGGCUCUCAAUCGGGCACGCGCACACGCACACGCACGCAGGAGGUGUCGCCGGCCCUCCCGCACCCACAGGAGCGCUCGAGGCGGCUGGACAGUGAAGGAAGCUGCGUGUGGGGUGCCCUGUGAUCCUGUGUCGCUGCUGCAGGAGGAGGAGGAGGAGGGUGGGUAG